AUGUCUGAAGAUCUUUCCCCCACUGGGAGUCGUAUUGACUUGACGAAGACGCACACGGUGAAGGACGACGAGGGCCAGAAGGUGGAUGUUUCGCAGUUGUCUGCGCAGGAGUUGAAACUGUACAAGAUGUACGGUAAGCUGCCCUCGAAGAAGGACUUGCUCAAGCAUAAGAUGCAGGAGCGGAAGUACUUUGACAGUGGUGACUACGCGCUGAACCAGGCCGGCGUGGUGAAGUCCAACGAGAUGGUUAUGAACUCGAGCAACAACCUGCCCCUGACGAACCCAAGCGGGCUGAGACGGUCGAUAAUAAAGCGCCGCAUGAGUAAUAGUGCUGGAAGCGUCGACGCAUCCACGUCGAAUAAGAUCGAGAGGCAGGGCAGCAUAUCCAGCGGGCCUCCGCCAAGGUCACCACACAAGUAG